CGCUAUUGUUAUGCUCCACAAAAACUUAAAAUAAUUAAAAAGGAAGGGCACGCAAUUGGAAUAGAAAUAAAAUAUAUCAUUAAGGAAUUAAGAUCACGUGUACAAUGUUAAUUGGGAAUUAGUUUAAAUAUUAAAUUUAACCAGUUGUAGGCAAUGACGGCAGUGAAAGUUCAUGGUGAAAUUGAUAUCUUAAGACUUCCUGUGAAUCAAGAAGAACAUGUAUUUCCCCCUUGGCUGAUUAAGUAUACACAGUCCCACAUACUUCAUUCAAAAUGCUCCAAAAAUGAAAAUGGAUGUAAUGAGACAGAUACUAAUAUCUGUCAAUUUUGCAUGUUUAGCCGUACUCUAGAUUUGCCUCAUAUGCCAGACAUGGUAUUUCCAAACAAUAUAUUAACAUUAAAACAUAAAGAUGGUGCUACCUUAGAAUUCAAUGCUUUAGAUGCAUUAAAAACUGUAUCUAAUGGGAAAAUUAAUGUCCAACUAGCAUGUGCAGAAGCAUGGAAAGAAUCUAGGUCAGAGAGCAGUGAAUACUUGGAAGAGAAGGUGAAGCCAUUUGAUUGGACAUUUACGACUACUUAUAGCGGUACAAUGUCUAACUUUGAAGUUCAGGAAACUAGCGAACGAAUUAAUAUGGAUAAAUUAAGGAGAAGAGAUAAAAUUUUGUUUUACCAUGAUUUAACAUUGUUCGAAGAUGAACUUCACGAUAAUGGUAUUGCAGUUUGUUCGGUAAAAAUUCGCGUAAUGCCAACUAGUUUUUUCAUUUUAUUAAGAUAUUUUUUGAGAAUUGAUGGCGUAAUGUUGAGAAUAAACGAUACCCGUAUUUAUCAUGAAUUUGGACAUAACUAUUUACUGAGAGAAUAUACAACAAGAGAAGCCAAGGUUGAAGAUAUACGAGCCCCACCUACCCUUUUUAUAGAACCAAGCGAAAUAGCACCAUAUUUGCCCCUAACUGGAAGUUAUUAUCAUAAAUUGAUUAUUCUUUCAAAGAAAACGGAAUCAGUCCCAAACAAUAAAUUAUCUAAUGACAAAAUGGCUAACAAUGACACAGUUAGCACCAGUAAAAGUGAAACAGACAAUUCUGUUACUUAAAAUUUGUUUGUGUGUUUUAAAUAUAUUACAAUCCAGAAUUAUUAAUAAUAGAGCAUUUACUAAUAAAAUAAAAAAAGAAUUCUUAUAAUUCCAAUGCAAUACAAUAAUUUUAAAAUUGUCAUGUGACCUUUAAAAACAUUGUAAAAGCUUUGAUAUCAUGUGGGUGCUCUGACCAAUGAAAGGUCCAAAAUUUUUAAAAUUUGCUAAACAAUGUUUAAUACACAAACAAAAUAUUCACAUAUUGUUUUAUUGUUCGAUUAUAAAUAUAUACAUUUUAAGUAA